UGUGGGGAUAAUUGAUUGACUAAAAUUAUGUAGAGAAUAUUGUAAUUAAUUGAGGUAUCUUUCCAUAGAUAGGAAUCAAUCUUCCCUAUAUAAUUAGAGGUUGUAAACUUUGAAAAUAUAUCAUAGAAAAAUAAACGAUCUUCUAUUCCCAAUUCUCUCUGUGUUCUUAUGCCUAGCAAGAUGAUUAAUAUCGCCUCUCUUGAUUACCAUCUUUAAGAUGGUAUCAGAGCAGGUUAAUCCGGGCUUGAGACUCAGAAAAUUAUCAUCAUAGUCUCGAUACCUUCCCCGACCUUUUGAAACCUGCAAAACAGCCACAAAUCAAGAUGUCAGAAUCUGACUCUGAAUCCGAAAAAAACCCAAUCUCAAACACCCCUGUAACCCUUUCUGCUGAUCAAUUCGCAGAACUUUUGAGACUAAGUAUGUCUCACAAGCCUCCAAAACAACAGCCACAAGAUGAACCCCAACCAGAAUCGUUGGGAGAGAUCAAACUCCUCACAAGGCUCGACGGGGACAAUUGUCCUCUAUGGGCGAGAAUGAUGGGAAGGGCCAUCGGAGGGAAGUGCCUGACAUCUCACAUCACAGGAGUUUUAGACCCUCCCUCUCCAACUGAUCCGAUCUACCCUAAGUGGCAGCAACACGACCAUUGUUGUUUCAAUUGGAUCAUCAACAACAUCGAGCCGUCUCUCGUAAACCAAGUUUCUCAAUACGAAACGGCCAAAGACCUAUGGGAAGGUCUGGCAAUCACGUAUGGCAGCGGAGUAGAUCCAUUCCAAGUAUCGGACCAGUUCUUGUGGGCUCUCGACGACAAGUACGAUCCAAUCAAGAGAGAAAUUCUAAACAAGGACCCGUUCCCAGAUGUUAGAACAGCUUAUGGGAUCGUGAGGCGAGAAGUUGUCAACGCCGGAAUCCGGUCAUCCAAGACCGAAACAAAGGAUUCUGAAAUCGGAAUCGGUCUCAGUGCGGUAGACAGACAUAGGGGCUUCAAUCAACCCAAAUUCCAGUCUAAUCGCAAGGAAGAAGACAAGAGUAAACUCACAUGUACGCAUUGUGGGGGAAAGAAGCAUACCAAGGAAACUUGCUUCUUAAUCCAUGGAUAUCCCGAAUGGUGGGAAGAUAUGAAGAAGGCAAGGGCAAAUCGAAGUUCGAAUCGGGGAGGAGGUGGAGGCCGGGCAGCCAUGGCCAUUGGGGAGCGAGCUACCUACACCGAGAAUCGGUGGCUAGAGCACGGUCUGAAGGUAAUAGACCGGAAAUUAACAUCGCCGGAAGCCAAACGACGGCGGCUGAGGUGCCCACCGGUGGGAAUGUCGGCGCUAGUGUUUCGAAGGGGAUGGGGGUGA